CACCGAUGACAUUUUAAAUAUAUAGCUCAUAUCUUUUCUUAUCUCUCUUUCUUAAAUUUUGAUAUAUUGAUUUGCAAUGCCUCCCUCAGUUACGAAUGCCAUUCUCUACUAUCUGUUUUUUACUAUUUAUAUAUGUUACAGCAAGGACACAGUAAAUCUACUUGAAAAUGUCUCUAUUCCAGCAGUCAUUGCAUUCGGAGACUCCUACUUGGAUCAGGGUAAUAAUAACUAUAUCAAGACUAUCACCAAGGCCAAUUUUUACCCCUACGGAAAGGACUUUGUGGAUGGAAAAGCAACGGGAAGGUUCACCAAUGGGAAAUCACUAGCUGACUUUUUUGUCAAAGCACUAGGAGUGAAGGAAUAUCUUCCGGCAUAUCUUGACCCUUUAAUACAAGAUCAUGAUUUUCAAACUGGUGUAAGUUUUGCUUCUGGUGGCACCGGAUAUGAUCCCAUAACCCCCAAAAUAACGUCUGUUAUACCAUUAUCGGAUCAACUUGAGAUGUUCAACCAAUACAUUGAGAAACUCAAAAAGAUGGUGGGAGGAGAUGCUACCCAGAAUAUACUGACCAAAAGUGUAUAUCUAAUUUCAGCAAGCACCAAUGAUUUUUUUAUAAGUUACUCUACCGUUCCUAUUAGAAAAGUUCAAUAUGAUGUUCCGACUUAUGAUAAGAUGCUGGCAAAGCUGGCUGUUAAUUUUGUACAGAAAUGA